AUGCGAAUAUCAGGCUUCGACGGGAUUUAUCGCUCUCCAGAUAUCGACACCUCGAAAGAAAUCCACAAUGUCGCCCUACUCUUGGCGCGGAUUUCCAGCCGCCUGAAAAGCCUCACCAUUUCUGGUGAUUUGCUCGAGCCCAAGGAAUUCCUGCGCAUCGCCUGGCCCAAUCUUCUCCAAUUCACUCUCGCUGACCACCCGACCAUCCCAUUUAUCCCCAUCACCCAACUCGUCACUCAUAUGCCCAUGCUCAGGUCGUUGUCUGCUCUCCAUACGACCGAUUUCACAAAGAAUCCCCGGCCACCGUUCACAUUUGGCAUUCAUAGUGGACCGUUCCUGACAGAGACGUGUCCUCAUCUCACCUCUGUCUCCCUUUCCAACUUUGGCAUCUCCGAUCCUCUCUUCCUCCAACUAGUACCAAACUCACUCGACGAACUUCAUCUUAUGGCGAUACGAGACUCCUAUAAGCGGGGACAAAGGCGACCCGACAGAAGGGAUCGAAUCACCACUCCGCUUAAUAUUGAUGAUGCGAUUGCACUUGUGGGCAUACUCCCCCAGUUCGAUCGGCUGCAGAAACUCACUAUAAUCUUGGACUACAUCCUGAUGCAGCCGGAGUUUGUUGUCGCUCUUGCUUCCAAAUUCCGUCAUCUCACCUCUCUCCACCUGAUUCAAACGCUGGAACGUGCUGUUUAUCACAUUCCACUCAUAGAUGAUCGAAACCCGGAAAUGAUAGAUGCCUUACGGCUUUUCCCGUCGCUCCACGAGCUCAAAAUCACGCUUGACGACCUUAAUAACCCAUGUCGUGGUGUUCCGAAUCAGGCUGCAUACCAAUUGUUUCGUUGCUUACCCAAGCUCCAGACGGUCGGCAUGGUUUGGAAGGUCUCGGCCCACGAGGAGGCAGAUUUUUGGAACUACUGGCACCGCAGUAUGCUACUAGAUCCCGAGCCAGAGCCUUUACCGGAGUACUUUGAAUACAUCAGGGGACGAUCAUGA